UUGAAGCCAGCCAGAAGAAACCUGUUUAACCUAUAAUGAAGCCAUGCUAUGAAGAACAGUGGCCACGAUCAUUGGUGUAAUGUAGCAGUUUAGAACAGAGAUGAAUCCUUAUAGCUGAAUGGAUCGUUACAAUUGGGUUACUACAAUUUUACUGUUAAGGACAACUUUUUGACCUCCAAGUGGAAUGAAGGGAAAGAAAGAGGAAUUGCAUUUUGCUAAGCAUACAGAUCCCGUACAUUUUUCGUCAAGUGCAUUUCCUUGGAGUGACUGCCAGUGUGAACGUCCUGGGAGGGGCCCCAGGACACAACCCGGACCGCAGGACCAAGAUGAUCUCAAUACACAGCCUCUCCGAGCUGGAGCGUCUGAAGCUGCAAGAGACUGCUUACCACGAACUCGUGGCCAGGCAUUUCCUCUCUGAAUUCAAACCUGAAAGAGCUCUACCUAUUGACCGUCCAAACACCUUGGAGAAGUGGUUUCUGAUUCUGAGAGGACAAGAGAGGGGUGAGGCGGUAUCACUCAAGACGUUUGGCAUUCGACUGGAAGAGGUGCUUGUGAACGAGCUUACCCGCCGCAAGCAACUUGAACUGAGAGCCGCGAUGCAGAUUGAAGAAGCCACCGGUCAGGUUGCGGGCCGUCGUCGAGGAAAUGUGGUGCAAAGGAUGUUUGGCCACAUCAGGGGCUUUUUCAGUCGCAGGCGGGAUGAGCCCUCCUUGCCCCGGGAGUUUACUCGCCGUGGGCGUCGAGGUGCAGUCUCUGUGGAUAGCCUGGCUGAACUGGAGGACGGGGCCCUGCUGCUGCAGACCCUGCAACUUUCCAAGACUUCCUUUCCAAUUGGCCAGCGACUUCUGGGAUCCAAAAGGAAAAUGAGCCUCAAUCCGAUUGCUAAGCAAAUCCCCCAGGUUGUUGAGGCUUGCUGCAGCUUCAUUGAGAAGCAUGGCUUAAGCACAGUCGGGAUUUUCACCCUGGAAUAUUCUGAGCAGAGAGUGCGUAAGCUCCGUGAAGAAUUUGAUCAAGGUCUGGAUGUAGUGCUGGACGACUCUCAGAAUGUGCACGAUGUGGCCGCACUCCUCAAGGAGUUUUUCCGUGACAUGAAGGACUCUCUGCUGCCAGAUGAUCUGUACAUGUCCUUCCUCCUGACAGCAACUCUGAAGCCACAGGAUCAGCUUUCUGCCUUGCAGUUGCUGGUUUACCUGAUGCCACCUUGCCACAGUGACACCCUGGAGCGUCUCCUGAAGGUCCUGCAUAAGAUCACUGAGAACUGCGAGGACUCCAUUGGCAUUGAUGGACAGUUGGUUUCAGGCAAUCGAAUGACUUCCACCAAUUUGGCUUUGGUGUUUGGAUCUGCUCUCCUGAAGAGGGGGACAUCUGCCAAGAGGGAGUCCAGGAAAACAAGACUGGGGAUUGACCACUAUGUUGCUUCUGUCAAUGUGGUCCGUGCCAUGAUUGAUAACUGGGAUAUCCUCUUUCAGGUGCCUCCCCAUAUUCAGAGGCAGGUUGCUAAGCGUGUAUGGAAAUCCAGUCCUGAAGCCCUUGAUUUUAUCAGACGCAGGAAUUUGAGGAAGAUCCAGAGCGCACGGAUAAAGAUGGAAGAGGAUGCUUUACUUUCUGAUCCAGUGGAAAACUCUGCUGAAGCCCGGGCUGCUGUCCUUGGUCAAAGCAAGCCCUUUGAUGAAGGUUCCUCUGAGGAGCCAGCUGUGCCUCCCGGCACUGUCCGUUCCCAUGACGAUGAUGAAGGAGCGGGUAAACCCCCCAUUCUGGAGCAAGACCUCCCAUUGCUCCGUGUGCCCCGGGAGAAGGAGGCCAAAACUGGCGUCGGCUACUUCUUUCCUUAGAUGUUUUUCCUUCUAUAUGGUGCCAGACAGGGGGAAAGGGUGGGGGUAGACCUGGGAUGUCACAGGAAACAUUAAGGAGAGUCUUGAAGGUAAAGAUCUGAGGGUAAGAAGGAGUUCUACCUGAUGCUCGGGUCAGGUUGUGAAUUCCAAACACACUACCACCCCCUUUACUGGGGAUGCUUGGUCCCUUCAGCUGGUAAAAGUGGAGCUGUUUCUGUGUCAUGCUCAGGCGCCCUGGUGCUACCUUGCCUCUCUCUUUUAUCCCUGAUCCUGGCUUUCCCUUACUACAGCCGUUCCUUUAAUUGAUGUGACAUUUGUGGUAAACACCUGUCCCAGAGAAGCUCACAAAUCUCGAGGUGCUUUCCCUCCCCCAAAGGGGACUGCAUGCUUUUCCUGACUUUCCUACCCUCCUCCUAAGAGCUCAAUUGGAAAGGCCCUCAAGAGGCACGCUAGGAUGUUAGUUCAGCCUACUGACAGCUGACAGUUAAUUCUAAACCAUGUCACACCAACUCAUAGCCGUGUCCCCACAGCCACUCCACCGCCUCAGGAUAAUUGUUUCCAAAUUAUUUAGACCAAUGGCUCGUCAAACAGCCACUCCCCAAAUCCUGAGAAACCCAACUAGCUUUUCUGGGGUCAAAAGUUAGAGGAAAACUUGGAUUUUAUUACCUAGAUCUGUUUUACAGACAGCUGGCAGCCACAUCCUGUUGUCAGCAAAACAGCUAGUUAAGUAUGAACACAUAGUUCC